CGGGCGGAGCGCGCUGCGGGCCGGGGGCCGGGGGCCAUGCCCACCCAGCGGGACGCCACCGCCGCCGGCACCAUGACCCACCCGGCCCCGGCGGGAGGAGGAGGAGGCGGCGGCGGCGGCGGCGGGGGUGACCACACGCACCAGGUCCGGGUGAAAGCCUACUACAAAGGGGACAUCAUGAUCACACACUUCGAACCUUCCAUCUCCUUUGAAGGGCUUUGUAAUGAAGUUCGAGACAUGUGUUCCUUUGACAAUGAGCAGCUUUUCACCAUGAAGUGGAUUGAUGAGGAAGGAGACCCCUGUACAGUUUCAUCUCAGUUGGAGUUAGAGGAAGCCUUUCGGCUGUAUGAACUAAACAAGGAUUCAGAGCUCUUAAUUCAUGUGUUCCCUUGUGUCCCAGAAAGGCCUGGAAUGCCCUGUCCGGGAGAAGAUAAAUCCAUCUACCGCCGAGGUGCUCGCCGCUGGAGGAAGCUUUAUUGUGCAAAUGGCCAUACUUUCCAAGCUAAGCGGUUCAACAGGCGAGCACAUUGUGCCAUCUGCACUGACCGGAUCUGGGGACUCGGACGUCAGGGAUAUAAGUGUAUCAACUGCAAACUACUCGUUCACAAGAAGUGUCACAAACUUGUCACCAUAGAAUGCGGACGGCAUUCUUUACCACCUGAGCCAUUGAUGCCCAUGGAUCAGUCAUCCAUGCAUUCAGACAACGUGGAGCCAGGUAAAAAUGGUUCUUUUUCAUGCCGAAGGGAAUCAGUGAUACCAUAUAAUCCCUCAAGCCAUGAGAGUUUGGAUCAUGUUGGCGAGGAAAAGGAGGCAAUGAGCACAAGGGAAAGUGGCAAAGCUUCAUCCAGUUUGGGCCUCCAGGAUUUUGAUUUACUCCGGGUAAUAGGAAGAGGAAGUUAUGCCAAAGUACUUCUGGUGCGAUUAAAGAAAACUGAAAGAAUUUAUGCAAUGAAAGUUGUGAAGAAAGAGCUCGUCAAUGAUGAUGAGGAUAUAGAUUGGGUGCAAACAGAGAAGCAUGUUUUUGAGCAGGCAUCUAACCAUCCCUUCCUCGUUGGACUACAUUCUUGCUUCCAGACAGAAAGCAGGCUAUUUUUUGUCAUAGAGUAUGUAAAUGGAGGAGAUCUAAUGUUUCAUAUGCAGCGGCAAAGGAAACUUCCAGAAGAGCAUGCCAGAUUUUAUUCUGCAGAAAUCAGCUUAGCAUUAAACUAUCUACAUGAACGGGGCAUAAUUUAUAGAGAUUUGAAACUGGACAAUGUAUUAUUGGACUCAGAAGGACACAUUAAACUUACUGACUAUGGCAUGUGUAAGGAAGGAUUAAGGCCAGGAGACACAACCAGCACUUUCUGUGGAACUCCUAAUUACAUCGCUCCAGAAAUUUUACGAGGAGAAGAUUACGGGUUCAGUGUUGACUGGUGGGCUCUUGGAGUGCUUAUGUUCGAGAUGAUGGCCGGGAGAUCACCCUUUGAUAUUGUUGGGAGCUCUGACAAUCCGGAUCAGAACACAGAGGACUAUCUCUUCCAAGUAAUAUUGGAAAAACAAAUUCGGAUACCACGGUCUCUCUCUGUAAAAGCUGCAAGUGUUCUGAAAAGUUUUCUUAACAAGGACCCAAAGGAACGUUUGGGUUGUCAUCCUCAAACUGGAUUUGCUGAUAUUCAGGGACAUCCAUUCUUCCGAAACGUUGACUGGGAUCUGAUGGAACAAAAACAGGUGGUCCCUCCCUUUAAACCAAAUAUUUCAGGGGAAUUUGGUUUGGAUAACUUUGAUUCCCAAUUCACUAAUGAACCUGUCCAGCUCACUCCAGAUGAUGAUGAUAUCGUGAAGAAGAUCGAUCAAUCUGAAUUUGAAGGCUUUGAGUAUAUCAAUCCUCUUUUGAUGUCUGCAGAGGAAUGUGUCUGAGGAGGCCUCAUUUCUGGACUGCAGCCUUGUUGCUUGUGUUGUUUAAUGCAUGGAAAAGCGUUAACAAUUUGGAUGCAAUCAUAGAAUAAGUGACUGAACGUUUUCAAGUUGUCAUCUGCUGUGGAGUACGCAAUAUCUUUUGUCAUCGUUAUGGCCAGUUAAUCCCAUUUAACUGCAAGAAGAAGAGGAAAAAAACCUUGAAACUGUAGCUUCCAGAGAAACUUGCCAAAGUUGAGUUAUAGCAUCUGCUGGGGUUAAGGUGCCUGAUUGUAACGUAGUGGACCUUGUAUAGCCUGCUGGUAUGUAAUGUAGUCGUGGCUUUUUUUUAAUAUAUAUAUAUAUAUAAAAGGAAACACUUGGUAUACUUUUAAACAGUUCCUGUUGCAUUAAAGCACAUAGUCAAAUAGUGACAUAAGAUUCUACUAAGUACAGUUUUCAUGGUACAGUUAAGAAGAGACUUGUAGUUAAAGGGUGGCGACGAAUAUCAGACGCAGUGUCUUCCCUCAGUUUUCUUACCCUCACUCUUCAGGGUUUUAGUAUUGCCCCAUGUUAUCAGUCACAAGCAAACUUAGGCCAGCAGUUUUGAUAUUGGAUAAUCAGAGGUAGAUGCCAUUUCCUUAGCACUGGGAAACAUUGGUUUCCACUCCUGAAAGAAAUCAGACACAUUGCAUUAAGCAAUCAUCGGACUCCAAUCCUGACCUGUUUUUGAGAACCAGGGGUAGAGGGGUCAUAGUAUGUGAAUAGAGUGCCUUUCUGAGCCUAUCCUUUUCAGACAGAAUUGUAACGCGUGACAGUUUAAUAUGCUAAAUAGGAGUUGGAAUUCAACCGAGUGUGGGAAAAACUGCCAGUGUAUGAGUAAAGGAAAAAAUACUCUCUAGUAAAAAAAAAUGAAUAGCUCAAUUUAAAUAAGGUAGGACCUUGUAAUAUUUAUUUUCUUGAAAAAUGCUAUGGCUGCUUUUUGCGGGGGGGCGGUGAAAGUAAUUAUCUUUGACAGUUUAUAUAACAAGGAGAGACUAUUGAUGUAAGACCACCAUCCCAGUGGAAGCAGAACAGGUGAUUUUUUUUUAUAUAUAAUUUAGACUGUAGCAAAGAGGUGAUCAUCCAGGUAUGGCAUGGUGAUUCUUUCUUAAUUGUAAUGAAUUAUAUUCGACCAGAUCAAUGAAGUCUUCAGUGGAUUCCAAGAAAAAUGAAAAUAGCACUACAAGAACCAGAGGAAAAUCAUAAAGUCACCAUAAUGCCAACUCACAGUAUGGGUUUUACAAAUGUUUGUCAUGUAGAUAGCAAAUGUAAUAUAAAGCACAGAGGAGGCAGAAUCUUCAGACUAUUUUUGAAUAGCUAUUGAUGAGGAGAAUUUAUUCCUGAAAAGAUGCCAAAUGUGUCAUUUCAUUCCUCGUUUUAAGUGGGUGGUUGGGUUUUUUGGAUUUUUGACGGAGGAAAAUUGGUAAGCCAUUUGAAAUAACCGUAGCCCUCUGCAUCCGAAGUCCCUAGGGAUGUUGGCCCAAAUUUAACAGAACUAAAUUAAGAAAGACCAGGUGAUGGAAGGAGGUAAAGAACUGACCCAAUCUUAAAUUCAAAAGUAUUUAGAAAUUGUUCAUCUAUAUUUAGAUUAAUUCCUCUACCCCUCUUCCUUUUUCUUUUAAAGUUGCCUUUCUCUAGAAUCAUCAUUUCACUCAAUCCUGUUGUUUGCACAAUUUCAUUCUUCACCUACUCUCUUAUCUUGGCUUUUGUUGAAAAAAUUCAAGAGAAAUGAGCAAAAGUGUUUGCCACAAUCAUGUGUAAAUGAUCAAAACUUUACUAUUUUAAAAACAAGUAUCGUUUUCGCCUCACAUUUUUAACCUGUGGGGAAUAAUGAAAUCUUAUGCCAGGAAUUUAUUUGUGAUCUCAAAUUCACAGUGAUGCUGUUCCCCUAGGGAUAUGCACUCGGUCCUGUGGAUUAAUUUCAGAAAGGGUGUUAAUAUGAAAUGGUUUGGGGAGAAAAAUCAGCAGUUAGGUCAUUUUCCUCAACCAAACACUUACAAAUCUAUUUGCGUGAAUGGACUCUUCAUAUUCAGAUGUCUUAUCUUCAAAGGAAAAACGAUCAACUUUCUACUAAUAAUGUCACAGGUGAUAUGCAUUUUUUUCUAUGUAGGUGGCUUUAACCUCAAGGGUGGCCUUUUGUUUUAAUCCUUUUUUUAAACUAAAUGUGAUGUGGGAAUUUUAUACGGAAUUGUCAUUGCAAGUAUAUUUUUUCUUACACAUUGAAUUUUUUGGACUUUUUUUUAAGGCCAUGACAAGAUGUGGACUUUUUUUUUUAUUAUUAUUGUUGGCCUAAAGGCUGUCUUAAAAUGUUCAGCAGGGAACUCAGUAAUCGGGCAGUCAAAUUAGGUGGGUUUUUGAUUUUCCAGGAAAUACGUGAUCUAUUUUGCGAAAGCACGAUAUAUUUAUGUGGAGAAAUCUCCUUUUAUUUGUAUAAGAACUGGACUGUGGAUACUCUGCUAGUUCAAUACUAAUGCAAUUGCAUUUUUCUUUCACGUGGAAUACUGUCUUGGACAUCGUUGUGUCUAAUCAUGACCUGUAUUUGUGCACCUUUUUUACUUUAAAUUUAAAAACUUUAAAUAAAAUGUUUCUAAUAGCCUGUA